CCAUCACAAUCCUCCGAAAUUGCGGCGCAUAAACCAAUAUGCCUCAUAUUGAUUCAGACGCGCCAGCUCCGGCGGCCGAAGCUCCUACCGAGCAAUUAACAAGACUGCCUUUCCCUCCAGUCACUUAUUCUCACAUCCUACACUGCUCUUAUCACCACUGGCAGCCUCGAUACCGCACCCUGGUCCCCAAGUCCCGCGCUAUCCGUCUCACUGCCCCCUUCGUUAACUACCUCCGAGCGGACGGUAUCGUCCUGCCGCCAGAAGCUGCCCCGCCGACAGACGACGACAACCUCGACACAUUCUCCGAUGAUGGUGCAGACGAGGAGCCCGACCCGUCAGUCGAAUGGCCUGAAAUCCACAACCAGAUCAAAUCCACAAUCACCGAAUACGGCGGUAAAGUGACGCCGAAGCUGAACUGGAGUGCGCCCAAAGAUGCGACGUGGAUGUCCGCCACCAACGACACGCAAUGUCGCACAGCCAACGACAUCUACCUCCUCUUGAAAAGCAGUGACUUUAUCAGCCAUGACCUGGAACACCCAUUCGACGACUGCGUUCCUGACACUACCACCACCGACGAUUCUUCCUCAACGCCCCCCGAAAUCCCCUACUACCUUGUUCUUCGCAAAUACGUCAACUUCAACCCCUCGCUCGAGUUCCGGUGCUUCGUGCGCAACAGAGUCCUCCUGUGCAUGUGCCAGCGUGAUCAGAACCAUUUCGACUUCCUCUUCCCCAUGCGGGACUCUCUCCGGUCUCGGAUCCAGACCUUCUUCGAUGAAAAGCUGAAGGAUACGUUCACGGACCCUAACUUCGUGUUUGAUGUCUAUAUCCCGCCUCCCCAUGACCGGGUGUGGCUUAUCGAUAUCAACCCAUGGGCGGAGAGGACCGAUUCGCUGCUCUUCAGUUGGAUGGAGAUUCUGCAUAUGAAGGAUCCCGUGGGUAUCCGGGAGGAAGAUGACAAUGGGGAAGAGCAAUUUGUGCGGCUUUCUCUGAAUGGAAACGGUGGUCUGGAGGCAGGUGGUGAGCCAGAUGAAGGGUCCGAAUCCGAGUCCGAGUCCGCGUCCGAAGACGAGAAUGUUGAUGAUGCACCAUUGUUCCCAGAGUUCAGGCUAAUCAAGCGCGAUGACCCGGAGGCGUAUGCGUUCACGACCCCGCAGUACUCAGCACACAAGCUGCCCAAGGAAGUGGUCGACGCCUCUAUCUCCGGUCCUGGAGGCAUGAGCGAGUUUCUGGGGAAAUGGCAGGACAUUCUGGCGAAGCAGGCGCAGGAGUCCGACUCGGACAAUGAAGACCAAUAGAGGUUCCAACCAUGCAUCGAUUGUAUACUUAGUUACGAACAUACCAAAGAGCGCAGCUCAGCAUAUUAAGGCGGCGUUAGGACUAUAGUGAAAGAGGGACAAGGCACUAAAAACCGAAU